AUGCCCAGACCCAAAUCCUUAGACGAGUGCUGGGACUAUGUUCAACGCGAAUUCCUGCCUGAGAAACAACAUCCACGCGUGACGUGCAACUUCUGCUCAGAUCAAUGGACGUCCAAGGGCAAGGGUCGCGUGCUCGCGCAUUUGAGCGCGUGUAAGGGUUUGCCGCUGGAUUUGUGGGAGAAGUAUCAGAGUGGAAGAGAGGUUGGUGGACCUUUGCCGACUAGAAAGUCGGAGGCGAAAGUGAGGGAGAAGUACGUCAAUGGUGCUUCGCGCGAAAGGCUCGAGGAGGAUGAUGGUGAUCAAGAGGAUUACUUACCUGAUCUUGAUGCCGACGGCGAUGUUGACGAUGACAUGACCGCCGCACAGCAGGAGGCUGCUAUCCAGGCUUGCGCUCAAUGGAUUUACGCUUGCGGGUUGCCGCUCAGCACUAUCGAGCACCCGGCUUUUCGGACGUUACUGCAGUUGUUGAAUCCUGCUUGGAGAAUUCCGACGAGGGUGGAGCUGACGCAUGGGAUGUUGGAGGAGGAGUAUAGAGGCGGAAGGGACGUGGUGCAUGAAUAUCUUGGUCGGACGGGGAGGGUGGGGUUGGGGGCGGAUUAUCAGGCGCCGGCUUACUUGUGA